AUGGCUAGUGGUGAUACACCAAUGCACAAGCAGAACAUGACGUUCGCUCGCUCUAAACUCCCUAUUAUUGGGGCAUUUGUUGACUAUGUAAAUACAAGUAUCGAAUAUAUUCGUACCAAAAGUUUCACGCGUGCCGAAAGACUACAGGCAAGUGCCUCUACCCAUGCGUUGUCUGCUACCUUUAUCGCGUUCGUAUGCCUGUCAUUGGGAAUGGUCAGUAAUGUUAAAUUUGAAGUGGUUACUUUCGAUGAAGAACCGUUAGCAAAUGACCUGCACUUCAUUUUAAUGAGCAAAGUGGAUAAACUGUAUGUCGAUGAUAUAGAUGUUUCAAGGGUUUUGUGGUGUAUCGAAGCAUCAGACACAGUUGUUAUAUUAUUCAGCACACUGCUGAUCUGGAACACUGGAAAUGUGGUGAUUAUAAAAUUUCAAUAA